GCAAAUCUGAAAAUGGUCUCAUGGAAAGACCUUUUUCAGUAUCUUGAACACAGGGCUGUUGUUGCUAAGCACAAAAGAAACCACACUGGAGAGGAACACUGUGAAUGGAAUACACACAAUAAAGCUUUAAGAAAGAGUUCCAGUGCUGCUAAAGAUAAGAACAUACAUCCUGAAGAGAUAACACCUGAGUGUCAUGAAUGUGAUGAAGCUUUUAUUGUACUCUCUUCCCUUGCCAAGCACCAGAGAAUCCAUGCUGGAGAGAAACCAUAUGAAUGUAAGAAACAACGAAAGACUUUGAGAGAGCGAUCUACUCCUGCUAAACAUGAGAGAAUUCACACAGAAAAACAAUCUUACAUAUGUAAUCAAUGUGGAAAGAAUUUCCAAUGUUAUUCCAACUUGGCUCAACAUCAGAGAAUCCACACUGGAGAAAAGCCUUAUGAAUGUAACCAAUGUGGAAAGGCUUUCACAAAGCGCUCCAAUCUUGAUGCACAUCAGAGAAUCCACACUGGAGAGAAGCCUUAUGAAUGUAAUCAAUGUGGAAAGACUUUCAAAUGGAGUUAUAGUCUUCUUGAACAUCACAGAAUGCACACCGGAGAGAAACCUUAUGAAUGUAAUGAAUGUGGAAAGACUUUCACAAAGUGUUCCUACCUUGAUGCACAUCAAAGAAUCCACACUGGCGAGAAGCCUUAUGAAUGUAAUCAAUGUGGAAAGGCUUUUAUACAGCGUUCCAGUCUUGCUCACCAUCAGAGAAUCCACACUGGAGAAAAGCCUUAUGAAUGUAAUGAAUGUGGAAAGACUUUCACACAUCGUUCCCAUCUUGCUGUCCAUCAGAGAAUCCACACUGGAGAGAAACCUUAUGAAUGUAAUGAAUGUGGAAAAGCUUUUAUACGGAGUUACAGUCUUCGUGAACAUCAGAGAAUUCACACUGGAGAGAAACCUUACAAAUGUAAUGAAUGUGGAAAGGCUUUCACAUGUUAUUCCCAUCUUGCUGUCCAUCAGAGAAGCCACACUGGAGAGAAGCCUUAUGAAUGUAAUGAAUGUGGAAAGGCUUUCAUACAGAGUUACAGUCUUCGUGAACAUCAGAGAAUUCACACUGGAGAGAAGCCUUUUGAAUGUAAUCAAUGUGGAAAGGCUUUCACACAGCGUUCUAGUCUUGCUGUCCAUUGGAGAAUCCACACUGGAGAGAAGCCUUAUAAAUGUAAUGAAUGUGGAAAGCCUUUCAUAAAGCGCUCUUAUCUUGAUGCACAUAAGAAAAUCCACACUGGAGAGUAGCCUUAUGAAUGUAAGUAAUGUGAAAAGACUUUCAAAUACAAAAACAGUCUUAAAAACCAUCAUAAAAUCCAUACUGGCGAGAAGCCUUAUGAAUGUAAUGAAUGUGCAAAGGCUUUCACAUAGUGCCACAGUCUUGGUAAACAUGAGAAAAUCCACAUUGGAUAGAAACCUCAUGAAAGUGGAAACCUUCAAACAAAGCUCAAAUGUUGCUUAGUAAGAAAGAAUGCACAUUAGAGAAAAACCUUUGAGUGUCUGGAUGAUAGUAAAGUUUUUAAUAUAUAUUAGUCCCUGACUAGACAUGGGACAUCCCAUAUAAAAUCUCAUUUACAUAAUCCAUAUGGAAAAAUAUUCAGGCUCACUUCAUCCCAGAAUUGCCUCCAGAAAAAUUCCUAGAAGAUUGAAAUCAUGGAUAAAUGCAUAAAAAUGCUAGGACAGAGCUUGUUAGUCAGCAGGAAUUUCUUGCUUGGGAAGAAAUCUCCUAUGGACUUGGCAUGGGAAGGUCUUUAGCCCAGAUUCAUCUCUGAGUUUACAUCUGAGGAUAUGGAGUGGAGAGAAGACUUACAAAUGUGCUGAAUGAAGACUUGCCCUUACCUGGAAGAUAAGAAUCACUAUAUAUCACAAUAUUCACACUGGAAAGAAACAUUAUACAAAAUGUAUUUGCAGAAAGGCUUUCACCUAGAUCUCAUAUCUUUAUGUAGAAAUCUUGCUGCAGAUGAAACAUGUGAAUAUAAUGAAUGAGGGAAGGCCUCUUCCUGCAGCUCAGAUCCCAUUAGACAUGUCAAUUUUAUACUGUGUAUAAAGUCUGAAAAUAGAUUGAGUUUCCUGUGAAAUCCCAUGACUGGUAUGCAAAGAAGAGUCUUUCUAACGGGGGAAAACAAUUGUUUUAAUCUCCUUUCUCAAUCAAUAAUGAUUAAGAGAUUUUUUUAUCUGAUUUUAAAUUGUUUUUGUUACUUAAAUUUCCUCCUCAUUCUCUUGUUUAUUCCCAAAUUCUUCGGCUUUCCAUUUAUAUGAUAAGUAAUAUGUUCCAUGUUCUAAUUUUCUUUUCAAAUAUCUAUAAAUGUGGCUUAGGUCUCCAUUUUGACCUUAUCUUGUUAAAUUGUAUUGGGUUGGUUUGAGGGGAAUUGAGGCCUUUUCAGAAAUCUGACCCCUCUGAAGAGUGUUAUAGUUUAGGAUUAAGUAUUUUAAAUUGAUUUUUAAUCAUUCUACUUAAAUUUCCUUAGAACUAACCCUGAUUAAACUCUGAGUUGAGAUUCCUAAUGUAAAUCCAGCUAAUUUAUCAGUUCAUCAUUUUAGCUUUGAAUGAGUAUUUCUCCCUUUCCCAUUGAAAAGUGUGAUCCUCUUCCAUAUGGAUUUUCAGGGAAUAGAUCCCAUUGAUGAAGCAGCAGAGCCCUGAAAUUGGCCAAGUGUUGUAAAUCUGUGAUCCUUCUUGAACAGUCUCAUGGGCUCUGUGAACUGUGCUGAAAUUUAAUGGGAAGUCAUUCAUUUUAAAUUUAGAGUUUCUGCUAAAACAACAAAUGCAGAAUGGCAAUGAAGUUGCAAUUCCAGAUUUUAUUGUAGCUAAAUUUUCCUUACAAAGUUACCAUUUCUUGCAAAUUAAGACAACUCUGAGAUACCACUAUAUAUCUGUCAGAUUGUCUAGAAUGACAGGGAAAGAUAAUGCGGAAUGUUGGAGGGGUCGUGGGGAAACUGGGACACUGAUGCCUUGUUGGUGGAAUUGUGAAUACAUCCAGCCAUUCUGGAGAGUGACUUGGAACUAUGUUCAUAACAUUAUCCAACUGUGCAUACCUUUUGAUCCAGCAGUGUUACUACUGGGCUUGUAUCCCUAAGAGAUCUUAAAGCAGGGAAAGGGACCUGUAUGUGCCAAAAUGUUUGUGGCAGCCCCUUUUGUAGUGGUCAGAAAUUGGAAAUUGAAGGGAUGCCCACCAAUUGGAGAAUGGCUAUGGUAUAUGAAUGUUAUGGAAUAUUAUUGUUCUAUAAGAAAUGACUAACAGGAUGAAUGCAGAGAAGCUUGGAGAAACUUACAUGAACUGAUAUUAAAUAAAAUGAGCAGAACCAGGAGAUCAUUAUACAUGUCAACAACAAUACUACACGAUGAUCAAUUCUGAUGGACAUGGCUAUCUUCAACAAUGAGAGAAUCCAAAUGAGUUCCAAUUGAUCAGUAAUGAACAGAACCAGCUGCACCCAAUGAAAGAACACUGGGAAAUGAGCAUGUACCACAACAUAACAUUUCUACUCUUUCUGUUAUUGUUUGCUUGCAUUUUUGUUUUUCUCAGAUUAUUUUUAUCUUCUUUCUAAAUCUGAUCUUUCUUGUACAGCAACAUAACUGUAUAAAUGUGUAUAUAUAUAUAUUGUAUUUAACAUAUACUUUUAACAUAUUUAACAUGUAUGGACUUCCUGCCAUCUAGGGAAGGGGGUGGAGGGAAGGAGGGGAAAAGUUGAAACAGUUUGCAAGGGUCAAUGUUGAGAAAUUACCCAUAUAUAUGUUUUGUAUAUAAAAAGCUAUUACAUAUAUAUAUUAAUUUAAAAAGCAAGUUGCCAUUUCUGAUGCUUAAAUAUUAACUUUCUGAAAUUAUCAUUAUUAAUUCAUCCCUAAAAAAUCACAGUGAACAUUGAUUGUGUGUGAUACAUAGCCCACCCAACAAAUUUCAGAAAUUUCUCAAUUUUUUUAUUUGUUUCUCAUGAGAAAUGAGUAUCACUCUCACCAUAAAACGAAUAAAAGUGAGCUCCUGAGCUUAAGCAGCAUAAGCAAUAUAUAUAUAUGUUCCCUGAUGCAAUAUUAGUCCCUCCCCACCACUGACUUGUGUUCAUUAGCUGAGAAUGUGGCCCUUACAUUUCUGUGUGAAAGCUAUUUUAAAAUGGUGAAGAAGAAACAGCACAUAAAUUCAAAUGUAAACAAAAACAUGCUUUUCACUGACUGAGGUAUGUGUUGUCAGUGUAUGGACUGGGUAGAUAAGGCCAAAGUCAGUUCUGUAUAUCCCCGAAAUUGUUCUGACCACCCACAUCCUAGGAAUUGUCAGGAAGGAAAGGCAGGGGAAACAGGAAUCUGAUCCUAUAACUUGGUUAAUGUGUAAUUUUCUUUAAGAAAUAUCAAACUUUAUCCUAUUCAGUUGUCAGUGGGAUUUUAGUGGCUGAAUUAGUAAUGAUAAUGAAAAAUGAUAAGUUACAAUUCCUUGCCAUGUGGCCAGAAAGGUAACUGUCUCUUGUAUAAAAUGCAUUUUAAUUGUAGAAUGGAGCCUUUAUCCACAGAAUAAGCUAUGCCUCUUUCUAGCCUGAAGCUGCCACAGUUCCAGCAGAAGACUGAGACUUCCAGUCCUUUUCCCCAAAAGUUCUACUCCCGAAAAGAUACAAAAGAAGGAAAUGAUGGGUCACAGCCCAGGGUCUAUUAUCUAGCCAAGAACUGUGGAGCAAUUAAAACCUUUUUGCUCUCUCUUUUGCCACUUUAUAGGCUAUUAGAAUUGCUAGCUAAGUGAGUUGCUAAUUUGCUGGAUUUUCUUCAGAGUCUAGCAUGAAACCUGCUGGUCUUCUCCUUCCCAAAAAUAAGCAUUUCCUCCCCAUUUUAAAUUUCACCCAUCCAGAGUAGUAGGGCCUCCAAAAAAGUUUAGUUUCUUUUCUGGGGUGUGAGGUGACCCAAUAGGAAACUGGGUGUGUUGGUUGGAUUGAUUUUGAGGAUAUCUCAUGUAAAUCAUUUUGUUUUGCACAGACCUCACUUUUUCUGGGCCUCUGGGAAUUGUGGGAGUCAGCUAUUAAGGACUAGGACUGAGACCUUCUUAAAUCCAGUGAAAGGUACCUUUUGGCAGGAAGAACACCUCAUGGUGCCUGAGAUGUGCCCUUUUUGGGGACCUGGAUUCUCUGAAAUUCCUUAUGCAAAUACCUUUUCCCUAGGUCUUUCAGCCAAAAGAGAGGGAAGACUGUGGAUAACUUCUUUUUUUUUUUUUUUUUUUUUUGAGCUCCUCCCUCAUCUCUGAAAGCCUCUUAGGCCUUAAGAACUAGUUCUGAGAUAAGGAAAGUUUUUAACUGUCACAUCAAAAAGAAAAACCUGUCAAAAGUUUUAUAAAACUAGAGCUGGCUACCUUGGGUCUAUCAAAAUAAUUAAAGUUAGGGAACUGCUGAAACAUUUUAGCAGAUUCUGAUUGGCUGGUUUUUUUUUUUUUUUGUUUGUUUGUUUGUUUGUUUUGUUUUGUUUUUGGAGACUGAUCACGAAGUUGUUUGGCACUAAUAGACUUGUUUUUUUAAUUUACUUCAAAUGUAAACUAGUUUGCUAUGAACCUCAAUAAAUACUAAUUGAUAAGUAAUGGUUAUUUCUGGAAUUAUAGAAUUGAAAUUUGGCUUGUAACUAAAUGCCUUCUAUGUUCCUGAAAGGCUUGCAGAAAAAUUGCAGAAAGAAAAAGCCUCCUCUUUGUGGGAUUAAAAAAAAAUUAUUAAAGCUUUUUAUAUUCAAAACAUGUGCAUGGAUAAUUUUUCAACAUUGACCCUUGCAAAACCUUGUGUUCCAAAUCUCCCCCUCCUUUCCCCUUGCCCCCUUCCCUAGAUGGCAAGUAAUCUAAUAUAUGUUAAACAUAUUAAAAAUAUAUGUUCAAUUCAAUAUAUGUAUAAUAUGUAUACAAUUAUCUUUCUGCACAAGAAAAAUCAGAUCAAAAAGGAAACAAUGAAAAAGAAAACAAAAUGCAAGUAAACAACAAAAAGAUUGAAAAUGCUGUGUAAUGAUCCACAUUCUGUUCCCUCUGUGGGAUUUCCAUACCUUUGUCCUUUAGCUUGUGGAAUCUCUGUGUCUGUAGGUAAACAGAUAUGGUUUAGGGGCUCAGGCUUCCCACAGCCUCUUUCCCUUUAACCCUAGUUGCAGAAAGAUUGAAUUAGAUAGAUGGACUUGAAAGGGCAGGUUUCUGCCACCUUAAAUUUGGGACUAUGUGUGGUUAAGUUGGAAUUCUGAUUCUGAAAUUGUAUGAGAUAAUUACUAUUAACAUGUGCUAAAGUUAUAAACUUUAUUUGUUCUGGUAUAAGAUCUAAUAAACCUGUGUUCAAGUACUGAA